CACGUGAGUAGGUAUCUUCUUCUUCUUCUUCGUUGCUCUCCGAUCAGAGAGAAUCGCCGACGACGGAGAAAACAAAAAAUGGCCUCCUCCGUGGCUUCUCUCUCUCUAUCAAUCUCAACAACCCAAUUGAAAUCGAACUCUUUCCGCAAGUUCAUUAAUCUCACUCCGCUUCAUCUACAACGUGUUAUCUCCUGUUCAAGUCGCGAGAUUUCAGUUUCUCUCAAAUCGCGUUACCCAGUGGCUGUUCCAGUUUCGUGUAAGCAGCGACGAAGCUUUGAAUUCGUAACUCGUUGCGGCAUUUCGUCGAACGACUUACCUGCGGAGAAAGAGAAGAGCUUUGGGGAGUGGGUUGAGUUUUUGGGAGAGGCGGUUUCGACGGCGUUUCCGAUAUGGGUUUCUCUGGGGUGUUUGUUUGGGUUGAUGAGACCUAGUGCUUUCAAUUGGGUCACUCCUGAUUUGACUAUCAUAGGGCUUACGAUCACGAUGCUUGGAAUGGGGAUGACUUUGACUUUGGAUGAUCUUCGUGGCGCGUUGAAGAUGCCUAAAGAGCUUUUCGCUGGGUUUGUGUUGCAGUACUCGGUCAUGCCGUUAUCAGCAUUUCUAGUGAGUAAACUCUUGAAUUUGCCAUCACAUUAUGCUGCUGGACUCAUAUUGGUUGGUUGCUGUCCAGGCGGUACGGCAAGUAAUAUUGUCACUUACAUUGCACGUGGAAAUGUGGCACUAUCAGUGUUGAUGACAGCAGCUAGUACUCUUUCAGCUGUGAUCAUGACUCCGCUUCUUACGGCUAAGCUUGCCAAACAAUAUGUCGCAGUUGAUGCUCUUGGAUUAGUAAAGUCAACACUACAGGUGGUUCUUCUCCCAGUGUUGGCUGGUGCAUUUCUGAAUCAGUACUUUCAAAGAGUGGUGAAAUUUGUUACUCCUCUUAUGGCUCCAAUUGCGGUUGGAACAGUUGCGAUUCUCUGCGGCACUGCUAUAGGUCAGAACGCAUCUGCGAUACUCACGUCUGGGAAACAAGUAGUCUUGGCUUGUGCCCUUCUUCACAUCUCUGGAUUUCUCUUUGGCUAUCUAUUUUCAAGACUUCUCGGAAUCGAUGUGGCUUCGUCAAGAACUGUCUCUAUCGAAGUUGGCAUGCAGAACUCGGUGCUUGGGCUUGUUCUCGCGGCAGAGCAUUUUGGUAAUCCGCUCACUGCAGUACCGUGUGCUGUUUCUAGCGUCUGUCACUCCAUCAUCGGUAGCGUCUUGGCUGGAGUCUGGAGACGCAGUGCCCCAAAACAACUUGAAGACUGAAAAGAAAUGAAAGUUGGGAUUUCACUGAGUUAGGACCAUUUAGUUAAGUGUGUUGAACAAGUGAACAAAAAGGUUUGUCUUGUGAAGAGCUAAGAACUAGUAGUUAGUCCUGGUUUGGUCUGCUUUGGUAAUACAGUCCUGUUUAUGUCGGUCUUGUUAUGGUGAAAUUAUCUUUGAAUCUUCCGCUCUUUCAAAGACUCAUGAUCUCUAAACAUGAAUCAUUUUGUUGUAAACUUGCAACUUGUAAGUGAUGAGAUUUGCAAAGGCUAUUAUGUAAUAAGAAUACAUGUGGAGGGUAUUGUUGGUAUUGGUAGAUGUUUCAAGUCG